AUGGUCACUGACGCUCUAGAAGGUGCACGAAAACCAACAGUUGCAGCUAUCAGUGGACUAGCUCUCGGCGGAGGAUUAGAGGUUGCAAUGGCAUGCCACGGGCGAAUUUCUACUGCUGGUGCACUGCUAGGCUUGCCUGAAAUUCCUCUUGGGGUUAUUCCAGGACUUGGAGGAACUCAACGACUUCCGCGCCUUGUUGGCCUUUCUAAAGCUCUUGAAAUGAUCCUGAUGUCCAAGCUAAUAAAAUCAGAAGAAGCUCAUGGAUUGGGUCUCAUUGAUGCCAUAGUUCCAUCAAAUGAACUAAUAAACACAGCAUGUUGUUGGGCUUUGGAUAUUGCCGAAUCAAGGAAACCAUGGAUCAAAACUCUUGAUAGAGUGGACAAGAUAGAAUCCAUCGAAGAAGCUAGAGAACUACUAAAUUUCUCAAGAGUUCAGGCUCGCAAACGAGCUCCUAAUCUUGAACACCCUUUAAUUUGUAUCGAUGUUAUAGAAGAGGGCAUAGUUUUUGGACCAAGGGCUGGUCUUUGGAAGGAGGCAAAUGCUUUUUAUCAACUAAUUUAUUCUGAUACAUGUAAAAGCCUAAUCCAUGUAUUCUUUUCUCAGCGUGCAACCUCAAAGGUUCCAGGAAUUACUGAUCUCAGUCUUAUGCCUCGCAAUAUCACUAAAGUUGCUAUUAUUGGAGGAGGUGUAAUUGGUUCUGAAAUUGCAACUACACUGAUAGUGAGGAAUUACGUUGUGAUACUCAAAGAAGCAAAUGAAAACUUAUUAAGAGCAGGGAUUGACAGAGUUAAAGCCAACCUUCAAAGCUAUAACAGAAAGGGAAAAAUAACUGAAGAGAAAUGCAAAAAGGCUUUCUCUCUUAUAACUGGUGUUCUUGAUUAUGAAAGCUUCAAAGACAUUGACAUGGUUAUUGAGGCCGUUACUGAGAACAUGGCUUCAAAGCAACAAAUAUUUGAACAAAUCAAAGGAUUCAAGAAACAGCAAAACACAACACUUUGA